UGCUGGCAGUUGCAGUUGCACGCCAACUGUGAAUUAUUUCUAUUUUUAACAGUUCGCAACAUCAGAAAUUGUUGCAGCAUUCAAGAAGUUGUGUCUUCGGCCAUUACAUAAUACCUAUUCGAAAUAAUGGCGUUACCCGAGGGUUUGGCUAGCAAAAUGAAGACUUUCCAGGCUCACAAUGAUCUGCCCGUGUUCCUAAAGGGCGGACCCCCCGACAAGAUUCUAUUUGGCAUUACUGCAGCUCUGUGCGGCGUGGGCUUAGUAAGCAUUGUACAUAUGAUCUACACAAUGGGUUUUGCCAAGAAGAAGGCAUAAUAGCAAAUAGCUUUAAUAGCUUAUUAAAUAUGUGCAAUUAAACUAACUGAAA